AUGUCCUCAAAUUCCAAUGAUAAUUUUCAGAGCACUUCCCAAAAUGAUGAGCAGAAGAAAUUGAAAUCUUGGUUGCAAUUUCAUGACAAUAUCGACAUUCAAACAAAAGAAAUACUUGGAAAGUCAACAAGAUCACGAUUAAUAAGGGCAAGAAGUUUGCAACAAAAAUAUAGUGAAGAAUCAAACUUAGACACUCUUCCCACUGGGAAACAUAAAAAAGUUGCUAUGUCCUCUUCCUUUUGUCCAAAAACAACCUGUGACGGCUCAAAAUUGGAAGUUAAUGAUUUCCGUUAUGAUCCACUUAAGUUCCACUAUUAUAACCAAGUGACUCAAAAAUUCAAAAACCAGGAUACUACACUUCAUAGUGGUGAAGAUUGCAAUGAGAUCGACCUCUUCGAAGUAAGACCCUCAAUUGGCAAGUUCAACUAG